AUGGUAGGAAAUCGAUUAUCUUCCUUUAGGCUGAAAAUUCCUUUAGGCUGCCGACCACCCACCGGCGGAAGGCGGUGGGUGGUCGGAACCGCCACUGAUAUAGAUUUUCCCGCCCCAGGAAAAGCAGUGGGUGUUGUUGAGGAGCGGGAGCUUAUCAUAACCUCUUUCAACGACCUAUUGAAACAGCAGUCCACCCUACUCACCAAGGUCCUACUGACUGCCUCAUUUGCGUCAGACGUGGAAUCAACACGAAUGAGCCUCGAUGCUCUAUUGAUCAGGUCUCUAAUAUCCGCCGUUCGCCGCCAACCACAAAGACAACUAUCAGUGGCCGCUACAAUAGAGGAUGAGCCAGGUCCAGUCUUACACAGGUUGGUAGAGAUUCAGGAACGGAUAUGCAGGGCUAUUCAAUUCACCCUGCUUCCCAUGCUCUAUCCAGCCGAUUCCCCCAUUUACACCUGCGUGUAUGGGGUCCUCCGCGCCAAUUGGACUUCCGAACUGUCCGGAAUGGACCCCAGACUGCUUGGCGCCUACAGCCCUUUUAUCAUUCGCGCCUGGGCCAUUGAUCUUAAUGGGAAACUAGACGUACUCAAGAUUCACGGAACAUGGUUGAACCCUCGGGCUAUUUAUGGAGAGCUUUUCGUGCCUGAUAGAAAGCGCGAAACCCUCAUCUCCAUCUUUAGUCCCUAUCAGGACGUGAGAUACAAGCCCCCCGAUGCCACAUUGGUCUUGCUGCAUGGAGGCCCAGGACUCAGCAAGGCCACCAGCGCCAGGGUGGUCGCAGAGGUUUUAGAGUACCCACCCUUGUCAGUCGCGUCGGCAGAUAUUGCCAAACAAGAGAGUGAGUCGGUGGCACGUUUGACUACGAUCCUGGACUCUGGUACUGGAGAAUAUUGA